AUGAAAGCCAUCACGACGUUGGCGCUGAGCAUGCUCGGAGUUGUAGUGUUGGGUCAAAGUCAGGACGGCUGGAAAAGAAUCAAUAAAGUCAAGGUUUCUGGCUUUGCGUGGAAGAACUGUGGUAAACCGGAAGCGGCGGCAGUGCUGGAGACCCUCAGCGUGUCCCCGGACCCCAUCAGCAUUCCCGGAGAUCUGACGGCGUCUGCCUCGGGCUCUACAUCCGUGGAGCUCCGCGCCCCUCUAAAUGUCAACGUCACUCUGGAGAAGGAAGUGGCGGGCUUUUGGGUGAAGAUCCCGUGUUUAGACGAUCUGGGAAGUUGUCACUAUCCCAACGUCUGCGACAUUUUGACGCAGCUGAUCCCACCCGGACAGGACUGCCCGGAGCCGCUACACACGUACGGUCUGCCCUGUCGCUGUCCCUUUAAGAGCGGCUCAUACGCACUGCCGCAGUCUGACUUCUUCCUUCCCUUCAUGGACGUUCCGUCUUGGCUCAGUAACGGUGAUUAUCGUGUUCAGGGGAUCUUGGGGGACGGCGCUGAAGAGCUGGGCUGCCUCAAGGUGGCGCUGUCCCUACACUCAGAAUGA